AUGACUGCCCCGGAGCAGCCCGCCGGGGGGGCAGAAUCGCCUUCUCAGUCUCCCAGCGAGCCCCUCGCCCAACAGACUGCCACCCAUGCCGAGCCCAACAGACCCGACGCCGCAGUGGCUGUAGACUCUUCCGUGGCAAAGGAGCCCGAAGAAGACUCGCAAGCCAGUGGUGUAGUCGAGAAAGAACCCUCAACGAUCAGCCAAACGGCUUCCGAUACCGCACACGCGCCUGAGCCCAUCUCCGAGACGCAAGCCCCAACUACACCGCCUGCGCAGACCGGCUCCAAAAUGUCAGAACAGCUCGCGGACGCCGUCACCACCACUAGAAAGCAAGCCGACGAUGCUUCAGCCAGCGCACAGGACCGCGACAUGUCUGCGUCAGCAAUCACCAUCAAUCCCCUCAAGGACAACCACGCCGACAUUUCUACCCAGUACCUCACACCAGAACCAUCAAGCUAUGUCGACCCCACACCAGCAACUCCGAUAACCUCCCAGCCGUCCUCACGAUCGCCCUCCAAUGCCGCCAGGUCACACCGCUCCGAUGAAUUCUCGCCGACGAGGUCUCCCGCCGAGAAUGACGACAAGAGAUAUGCUAGCGAAGAGGAGCCCGACGGCGGGUCGCGAUCCGAGAUUCAGAGCAUCAUGGAACAAUUCAGCGAGUACGGAGGCGGGCCCGACGCCGACGAGGUCAUGAGCCCGAGGCUGGAGAUAACCUCUCCCUUGUUUGGUAGCGGUCCCAUGCAGCAUCCGCCCAGAAAAUCGAGCCUCGAGCCAGUCUCCGCCGGCGUUACCAGCCAGCCGCAGGAUGCGGAUGCCGCUGGCCCCUCUACCUCUUCCCUGGCCAAGGACCAAGAAAGUGCCGAUGACCACGGCCCGCCAGUACCUCCCAAGGAUGGAUCGUUUGGCACGCCGCCCCGGAACAGAGAUGCCCGGGGAUCGACCGCCCUUGCCUCCCCAACAUCUCCUCAACUAUCUAUGCACCGCCCGCCCCCUCCGGAGCCCGAGCCCGAGCCCACGCUUCCCUUUGACUUUCACAGAUUCCUUGAGCAGCUGCGAAAUAAAAAGGCCGACCCCGUCGCGCGCUACCUCAAGUCCUUUUUGACCGAGUUUGCCAAGCGCCAGUGGAUGGUGCAUGAGCAGGUCAAAAUUAUCAGCGAUUUUCUAGCCUUUAUUGCCAACAAAAUGAUGCUCUGCGAGGUGUGGCGCGAUGUCUCGGACGCAGAGUUUGACAACGCGCGCGAAGGUAUGGAGAAGCUUGUCAUGAAUCGACUGUACUCUCAAACCUUUUCGCCUGCCAUUCCGCCUCCCAAGCCCGUUCCCGGCGUCAGACCCAAGAAGCGCGGAGGCGAGAUGCCGCUCGGACCAGGUCGUCGCGGACAACACCAGGAGGAUGUCGAGCGUGACGACAUUGUCGCACAAAAGAUCAACAUUUACGGCUGGAUCAAGCCCGAGCAUCUGGAUAUUCCGGCCAUUGAAGACAGUGGACGAAAGUUUCUAAAGCUGGCGCAGCAAGAAUUAUUGAAGAUCAAGUCAUAUCGUGCUCCACGGGACAAAAUUAUUUGCGUUUUGAAUUGCUGCAAAGUAAUCUUUGGCCUCCUUAAACAUAACAAAUCUGACUCGUCGGCCGACUCUUUUAUGCCCCUACUAAUUUACGUCGUUCUCCAAUCCAAUCCUGAACAUUUAGUAUCUAAUGUACAAUACAUUUUGCGAUUUCGUAACCAGGACCGCCUCGGCGGCGAGGCUGGUUACUACCUGUCGUCACUGAUGGGCGCGGUGCAAUUCGUUGAAAACAUGGACCGCACAUCCCUCACCAUUAGCGACGAGGAGUUCGAAAAGAGCGUCGAGGCUGCCGUGUCCGCCAUUGCUGAGCGCAACCAGGCCUUGUCGCCCACGAUUCGUCAGCAGGCCACCUUUUCCGAGAAGCCAGCCUGGGGCACCGGCGGCCACAGCCACGGUCACGACGGGGCAUCCCCGUCAUCGGCGCGCCCAAGCUACGACGGCGAGGCGGAGCCGGGCGAGGGCGCGGCCAUCUCUGGCCUCUUGCGCACCAUUCAGCGUCCUCUAACGACUAUUGGGCGCAUGUUCUCCGACGAACCUGCGUCCUCGCCAUCGUCCGGAACCAGUAGCACCCGCCCUCAUUCUAGCAAUGUGCCUCCGAGAUCCUCGCAGGACGGUGGCUCCUUGCCGCGGCGCAGCGCGGAGCAAGUCCGCGCAUCUGCGCGCCCGCAGCAGCAGGAACAGCUACAGCAACCCGCUCCGCGUAUACUCUCGGCAGAGGAGGCCGCAGCGCGGCAAGCGAGCGCGGAGACGGCCGAGGCGCAACGUCUACAGCGCGCCGAGCACGCCAAUGUCGUGGAGACGCUGGCGGGCAUGUUUCCCGACUUGGACAAGGAUGUUAUCAGCGACGUGGUCUAUGAAAAGGAGGGAAGGUGA